GUCCAUCCAUUGUUCGUCUCUCUCUGUGUUCGUUCAUCUGAGGCAGCGGGCUCCAUGCCCUCCUUGGUCGCCUUGGUCUCCUUGGUCUCCUUCCUUCUUCUUAGCUCCUCAACUGACAGACUCGAGUUCCGCGGCUUGUCCGCGCCUACUACUCUUGGCAGACAUAUCUCUUUAUCAGCGAUUACGUGUGACCUGAGGCCGCAGAAGCAGUUCCUUCUCUCUUCGCUCAGUGAGGUUGCUGUUGUCGUCUCAUUUCCGUCUUGUUGAGCAGCUCUUCGGCCAUAGCGUGCCAUUGACUGAGACGAUCGGCCGACAAAGCAACCACGCCCUCGGCCAGCGAGGGGGCGACGGCACCGCGCACGGAGAGCUUCGCAGAUGAGCGCGGAUGCUCAGAUAAGCCCAGACAGACGCUCAUCAGAUCGGUCGAUACUUCGCUCUCUUGACUGUCCAUAUCUCAGAACCCCGUUCUAUCUCCCUCGCCAUAUAUCUACAUAUAUUCGGCCACCAAGCCUACCGGGCGCCUUCUCUUCGUGUCCCCUUUCUUCUCUCUGCGCGCUUCUUCUAUCCCAUCCCUCGAUACAGUGGAACUGCGUCUUCUCCCCACCACUUUUUUUGGAUGAUCAUCUCACACCCAAAUUCCUUUCCCUCUGGGAAUUACUACCAUCCUAACGCAACCGCACCCACACAAACACGGACACUAUUAUAACACAAACACACAAAUCUCCCGCACACGUACCGACACAAAACUUUCCGAUACAGACACAAAAGCACACACAGAAGCAUACACAGACAGACAAAGAUGGGGAGGGGGGGGGUUGGGGUUGGUUGGUCAUCCACGCAGUUGUAUAGCUGAUUGAUUUCGUAUAUCGGACGCGAUUUUGCAGACGGCGGUAAGUAAAAAGGGGAUGGACGUGAAGCUCCUCCUCGGUGCUUUUGUUCACGAUCAGUGUAUUCCAUUUCUAUUUAUCGAGGAAGGGGGAAAAGGAUCGCGGCGAUUGAGCGAGAGCAUACGUGGUUGGCGAGGCUAUUCAUUCAUGUUACCCCACUUUUUUCAGUUACUUUCGUGAAGGCAUCCCGUUGCUUUGCCGUAGCGGAAGCGAUUUCCCUUCAUCCACGCAAACAGGAAAGCUUUUUUUUUUUCUUUCCUACCUACCUCGUAGAUAGAAAUUCACCCUGGCAGUUGCGGCUGGAAAUUUUUCUGCCAGGAAGACAUAGACAGACGAAGAAGACGAUGGCUUUCCUCUCAUUGGGUCGCGACUCGCAUCCUUGGGGAGCUGCCUGAUCGAUCAUCUGCUCAUCUGCUCCGUCUUCUAACGGCAAUUGCUGGUUAGCGAGACUCUCUCUUUUUUUUUUUUUUUUCGAAGUUAGCGAGACUCUCGAGUUGGAAGGAAAAUUCAUACGCUCUCUCGCGGCGCGCCGCACACCUAUUAUCACACAUCCAUCACACACACACACACACACAUACACACACACGCACACACAAAAAACCCAACCCACGAACAAACGCGCACACACUCAUACACAAACGCUCACACACACACACACACACACACACUGCCAUAGACGUACAGCUAUACACUAAUCGGACGAAGUCCAUGGUCCAUGGCUCCACACCGCAGCUCCGGUAUAGUGUCGGCUGGGCAUUUAGUAUCUGAUUCGUCGACUUAUUUUUAGCAGAGAGUGCGCUCCAGAGAAAAGGGGUCUCUACCACCGUUUGCGUGGCAGUCGGCGCGGGGGGGUCCGGACGCGGGGCAUGGUCCAGAAGAGCAGGAAGUUGGGGGCGGGAUAGAUAGAGCGCAAGAGAGGAUGCCAAAAUGUGUAGUAGGGUGAAGGGAACAGGAGGGAGGUGUUUCUGAAAGGUGACAAAGUAGGGCUUUGAGAAGAAGCAGAGGGUGAAAGGGAGGAGCGCGGGAGGGAAGCCGUAGGUACACAAGUUUUAUUGUCUUGUUUCCGAGGGACAAGGGGGGCCGUUUUUGAUGGUCAGUCUGCAAGUGGAGGGGUAUAAUAGACUCUGCCCGAGAACAGUCAACGGCCGUUCGUCUGUCUGUUUUAUGAUAUUUCUUGUAAAUUCUCCUUCUCCCGAUCUCUAGAUCUCAACGACGUUCCAUUUUCCGAACGAAAAUCGGCGACUUUCGCCGUGACCCGAUGGUUCUCUCCCAUGACUUCCUGGUCUGGGCAGUGGCGAUUGUUGGGCCAGGGUUUCCAGUUUCUUCUUGUCACAUAGACAGUACUUUGCGCCGUGAUUGCUAUGUAAUCUAGUCAUUUAUUUAUUCAUCCAUUUAUUUAUUUGUCUUGAUUUAUUGGCCGCUCCGGCUCCUUUUACUCUCUCUCUCUCUCUCUCUCUCUGUGUCUGUGUGUCUGUCAAGCACGACGUGGCCAUUUCCGUGGAUUGCCUCAAGCAAAUUCACCCCGUCCUAUUAGUUGUGGCUUAUCGGCUAUCUGCUCACCUCCUCACUCCGCGUGCAUACUUGCACAAAUCAUUACGAGGACGCUGAAUCCUCCUCUACCAUUCCGAGGACGAGUUCCCAUUUCACCUUCUCCUUUUCCUUCUGCUGUGCUGCUUAUCCUCUCCAUAGGCGUCUUUCUCUCCCUCUUUCUCUCUCUCUAUCACACUUUGCUUGCUUCCUUUGUCUGCGCUCUCUGCCAUUGAAUGAAUGAGACCUGACGCAUGUCGAAUCAGGACUGGCUGAUUGACGGGUUGGUGAUUGAUUGGCACCUCGGUGUCACGAUUGAUUGAUUGAUUGAUUUGAUUGAUUCGAUUGAUUUGUGCGAGAGAUCGACGGGAGAGGAGGGACGAAGAGUGGGCAGGCCGUGGCGUCUACCGAAGGAAGAGGACUUCUGAGGGAGGAGGAGGAGACGACACCACCGUUGGCUCUCGUUAUCUGUUCUUCGUUUCAUCCGCCUCGGUCGACUUGGAGGGAGGGGGGGGGGGGGGGGGGGNGCGGGCGACUGCGGUUUCGGCACGUUGCGGAAAAGGCGGUAGUCAGAGGACAAGGCAGAGCCCUCUAAAGGCGUUGGGGGGGGAGUGGGGAGGCGGCAAAAGAAUUCAAAGGUGAGCACAGGCGAAGCGAAAGAAGUGGAAGCGCUUUGCGUUGACGUCAUUCCUCUGGUCUGAUCCUCGACCAAGCGGCUUGUUUGUUUCCUUUUUCUCCAUUCUACCGCAGUUAUCGAAUCGGAUAAGGUCAUCGCUGGCUAAUACAAUGGGAACGGGCACUCAAAAGCGCACAAUUUACAAUCUUUACGAGCAGGGAGGAGGACACGUGGCAAAUGGAGCACCGACGGCGCCAACUGCUGCAGGAGCUUUGGCGGGGGACCACCAGAGCGAACGUGUGGACGAGGUGGAGGCGCCGGCGGAGAGGAAGAGACGCUUGACGGCGGAUCAGGUGCAUUCUCUGGAGCGGAAUUUCGAGAUGGAAAACAAACUGGACCCUGAGCGGAAGAUGCAGCUAGCGCGAGAGCUUUGUCUUCAGCCAAGGCAGGUGGCUGUCUGGUUUCAGAAUCGCAGAGCUAGGUGGAAAACGAAGCAGCUGGAAAGAGACCACGACGCGCUCAAGUGCAAGAUAGACCAGCUGCAGGCGGAGAACGAGACGCUUCGUAUGGAGGUUCGACGUCUUUCUGCGCUGCUCCGUGUGAAGUCAGAGUAUUUGGACGGCCAUCGAGAAGGGUCGCCGUUGUCGGGCGCUAACGGAGCGUCGGACCUGGGAGAGGUGGUCAUACCGGUGACUGCAGCGAUGACCGUAGCAGAGAACCUUGCGUUCGGCAGCAGCUGUAAAGGUAGAGAAGAGAAGCCGUCGUCCUCCUCUCCAUUGUGUCUGCUGGGUAGGAACCAGAUUGGGACACCCAGUUCCCUUGCGGAACUCGCGGACAGCGGCAGCGGAGCCAGUGGAAUAGGAGCCUCGCUACACGUGUCUACCGGAGUGGUAGGAGGAGGACCCUCGGUCGUCCGGUGUGAUAGCUGCAACAGCAUCAAGCUUGAGAAAGAUGUAAAGGACCACAAGGACACGUCGAGUACAAGCUCCCACAGCAGCGAAGUGCUAGACUUGGACGCUUCCCAUUUAGAAUGCUCUGCCACGACCGGAAGAGGAGGGAGGUACCUGUCUCACUCUCACAGCAACAGCACUCUCGACAGCUUGCUGAGCGCCUCGGACGACGACCCGCACAGUUUGUCCUUCUCUACGGACAAUUCGGUAGAGACCAUCAUGGAUGACCCCAGGGGCCCAUUCGAAGGGGAGAGCGCGCCUCCAGUGGUGCCCUUCUUCAUCUCCCCAGGGGAAGACAUGGACAUGCCAUGGUGGGAGUGGCCUUGAGCUGCUGAAGCGUAGGCCCGCCAGCCUGUGUGCUCUCUCACUCACUUGCUCUCCACAACCCAUUCUCGCUCUCCACCGUCUCCGGCGCCAGACGAAGAGGAGGAUAUGAUAGAGUUUGUCCGAUAUAGUAUCCGCCCGUCCGUCCAUGUCCAUCCAUCCGGUUGGAAGUCAUCACUGGCGGGGACAGAUCUGUCCGCUCGUUCGAAGCCUCCCCCCCACCUCCCUCUCUCUCUCUCUCUUUUGGUGCGCUGUUGGAGUCUCGUUUCUCUCAAUGAAUAGUGAGACGCCGAUGAUCCAAUGAGGCUGCAUAUGUAAGCGGCCAUGAUGGGCUAGACUAACGGAGACGAACGGAGACUGACGGAGACUAACGGGAGGAGGAGCGGAAGGGCACAAGUCCUGACGAGGAGGGGGUAAGGCAUGAUGAUAAUCGUUGACGAGGAUGAUAAUUCCACAUGAGGAAAAGAUGACGAGGAUCACGACAGUAGACUAAGGACAGAGGGCGAGGGUCACGGACGCUAAGCAGGCACGAGUAGGGAGAAUCACCGGUCGAGAUGAGGAGAAGGGAUAAGGAGUGAUUAAGUGCAGCCAUAGGCGAGGAAGGGGUAAGCUGGAGCAUAGAUCCGGAUGAUGGGGGUUCGGAUGAGAGAGGAUCCUUGAUUCACGGGUGAGGACGUGAGGGCUGUGAGGCUGUUGAUUUUGUGGAAACGUCUUCUUCGUCAGACGGAGAGUAAACCCUGUCUUCACCCCAACACAGCGCACCCCCAUUAUGGCUGUACCGGAGGCGGGAAAUUGGCUUGCAUACGUUACUUAUUAGGGUGCGGUGUGUUCGGGGGAAGACGGAAGUGGUCGUGAAGGCGGAACCUGUUAGCCGUGGUGCACAAGGAGAAAGAGAGUGAUUUAAAGGACGGGCAGUGCGGCUGUCGGAGGUAGAGCGGAAGGAAGAGAGGAGGCAAGGGGGACAGCUUAAUAUGGGGGGAGAGAAUUGGGUGCUCGGUGCGGCGCAACGGAAAAUGUGGUAAGCUCGACUACUCGCUGGAGCAGCAAUCGUUCAUUCACGGUGUGCAAGGAGCGUUCAUUCAUGGUGUGCAAGGAGCUCCUUGCUUAAGGAGUCGUUGGGAGUGAAUGGCGAUAGUUGGCCUUGCCGCAUUGGCAAUGUGAAUUGGCGCUCACCUUUAUUGAGGGUGAUAUGGGCCACGGCAGCCAGCUUCGAUGCCUGAUAUUGCAUACGGAAUUACGGGGGAUAUGCACUUGAGCUAGUCCUUUUAGCGCUGUGUUGCACAGUCCACCUGUCUGUCGGCACGCGAUUACUCCCGUCCCAACAUUCCCCGCCUCCUCCCUCAUCUCCCUCUCCCUCACUCUCUCUUUCUCUCUCUUUCUCUCUCUCACACACACAGACACACACACACACACACACAGACACAAACCGACACACACAGACACACAUAGGCACACACACACACACAGACAACACACAGACACAACGCACAAAAACGAUCUCCGAAGGACAAGGAGAGCGCGUAUUUCCACGCGUUUCCUUCUUCUUCUCGAAGACUCUCCCUAAGCAGGAGCAAACUUUGCUGAUCGUGACAGCGAUAUGGGGUCUGAGAGCGAAACUGCGCGCUCCCCCCUCCCGUCUUUCCCAUUUCUUGUAUAUGUUAUUGGUGAAAAAGCCCGGGCUGCCUGGAACUCAGUCGCAGCAGAUUAUCAUUCUUGGUCCGUUCUUUCUCUUGACUGUCGAGGAAACGAGAAGCCUGCACCUGCUUUCUCUUGACUGUCGAGGAAACGAGAAGCCUGCACCUGCACUUCUCUCAGGUGGCUUACGAGAGAAUGGAGGGGAUCACGAUCUCAGUCAUCGCCCAGUGUCCAUAACGAAAGUGAUAGCAGGGCUGGUAAAUCCACAAAAUCGAUGAAGAGGAGGGAAUAGACAGGCGUCUGCUGCCGUAUUCGCAUGGGCACAUACAGU